AUGGAGAGAACGAAGGGAAGGCUGAAGCUUGAAGAUGACUCCCCAAAUCUGCUGCAACGUGUCACCAGUGUGAAGAAAACCGCGGAAAAUAAUCUCCACGAGCACGACGACUACACAAGCCCGGCGCAACGAGCCACUGCAGACAGGACGGGAACCAACGACAAGGUGAAGGGUGAAGACGACAUCGACCAUGAAAGUGGAAUGGGCAAUACCACAUACUCGAGUGAGCUUGAACGGGAUAUACUGGACGGACACGAAUCCUGGCCGGCCAUGGGGGAAGGCGAUUCUGACCGUGGUUCGAGCUCGAGUGAUGACGAUUCGUACGCAUGCGACGAAGAUGAAUCCUCCAGCCAGGAUGAUGGCGAGGGCGAGUCCAGCCGAGGCAAGAAGAAAGGUACGAAAGGGAAGAUGGGAAAACUGCCAAGAUGUCACCCCAAGACGGCGCGGGAAUACAUGGCUCGGAAGCAUGAGGUAGAGGAUGCCAGAGAAAGAAAACAACGCACGUGGCAUAAAAGAAAAAGAGCGAAAGAGAAUGAAAGGGGCGGGAAGAAGAGGGUUGUCGGAGGAGAUGCCGCAAUGGCGCACAUGGCUCGUCAAAAGAAUACGCCGCGGCCUUGCGGCGACUCGGAUGACGAACCUUCCGAGGAAGAUGGCAUGCCUCCGGCGCCGAUAGAGGCCUCAACAAAGGCGUUGCAGUUACGAUUGAUGAAGAAAAGAAUGCCCCGAGGGGCAGACACGCGACGAUCCUCCACUCAAGAGGCAGAUCUUAACGAAGCCACAGUUGUUUUCGGGCAUAGGAAGAUCGAGGCCCGUGAUGGGAAAUGGAGGCACAAAAGUAUGAGCUGCUACCUUGAAAGCUACCAACUCACUGCCGCAUCUUGGAUGGUUCAGCGCGAGCUGGGACGGUCGACGCCAUACGGUGGACUUCUUGCCGACGAAAUGGGCCUAGGAAAAACCGUCAUGAGCUUGACUUGCAUUGUCGGAAACCCGGCAGAGAAGGAAGACGUCAAGAAAUACUCGCUAACUACGUUGGUCAUCGUUCCCAACAAGUCCAUCGCCUAUCAAUGGAAAAGCGAGGUGGAAACGCACUGCAAACCACCAUUCGACAGGGCCGCCGUAUACAGCGCGAUGGAACACGGCCAGGCUGGAGCAUUGAAGAGGGUCAGAGUGUUGAUCACGACGUAUAAUGAGCUGAUGAACCAUUACCCAUCAAAGAGGCUUCUCGCGGAGCUGAAAGCCAAAUACGACACCGACAAUGUAUCGUACAAUAGGGCGGUUGACGGGCAAACCAAGUUCUUGUUCAAGACGAAGUGGUAUAGAGUCAUGCUGGACGAAGGCCACAAGAUCAAGAGCAUUCAGAGCAGAAGCACCAUGCUCUGCUGCAUGCUCGUCAGCAAGUACCGGUGGGUGUUGACAGGCACGCCACUGGCGAACUCGGUUCUUGAAUUUUUUCCAUAUUUCAAGUUUAUCGGUUGCGAAUUCACUGAGAGUCUCCAGAAGUUUCAAGCCAAGUAUCUGGCCAACGGAAAGGCGAAUGAGGAUUUUGAACGACUUGUGGCCAAGGAUAUGUAUCGCCGCACAGCAAACGAUACAUUCAUGGGAUACAAACUUGGAGAUAAUUUAAAAUCUCACCGUCACGAUCUCUGGGUACAACUGUCAGACGAAGAGACGUGCCUGGCUGAGCUCGUCGCCACUCAUUUCCAAGAAAAAAUAAUCAAAGGGCACGAAGAACGAAAGCGGAAAAGGUUGGGGAAAGCAAUUGGCGAUGGCAAUAUUCUCGAGUAUGACGUAGGACUCGAGCGUGAGACAGGACUCGAGCGUGAAGCGAGUGGCGAGACGGAAACUCGUCGGGAUGACAAGAAGAACCAUACGUACCUCAUGAUGGGAGUAUUACGCCAAGCCGUUUCACACCCUUACAACCUGGAAAAAUUUCUUCGGACUCGCGCGACGGCGGAAGAGAUCUGUCGACUUCGGGCCAAACUUGGCCAGUUUGCUGGUCGUCGAUUGAUCCUAGAGCAGAUGAAGGACGGCGACGAUGGCAAUCUUGAGAGAUACAAAUCGGGGAUUGAAUUUCUGCGUACGAAAAAGGAGGCAGCGUUUGGCGGCAAGUUUACGUGGGACGAUGUGCUGGCGAUGCUCGAGGAGGAAUCAGGUCUGAAAGAUGUCACGUGCAGCAAUUGCAAGACGAAGCCGCCAUUGAGGCCCGUCCAACUAGAAACGUGCGGUCAUUACUUGUGCGCCAACUGCCAUCUCGGUCUGAUGCACCCCGCCCUUUUGCCUUGGGGUCCGAGGAGCCAGGCGAGCAGCAACAAUAAGGUCACGCAGGAUGUGAAGUGUCGAGAGCCUGGAUGCACCUCCUCGGCAAACAUUUGCUCUUUCAAGGCAUCGCAAACGCUCGCCGAUAUAAUCCACCGUGCGAAGUCGGACAGGUUUCAGGAGCCUGGCAGAGACUCCAACAAUGUCCAUCUGUACCGUUCAGACGACGAGAAUGGGUGCUUCAUCGCAAGCGCGAGACACGACUACCCGCUGUUGCCGAGCACGAAGCUCACGGCAGCCAUGGUUGUGAUUGCCGCUUGGCUGCAUGACAGCCCCGAAGACAAGAUCAUAGUCUUUGUGCAGUUCAUCAUGACGGGAAAGGUGUUGGGGCGCAUGCUCGAAAUGGCUGGGCUGCAACAUAGCUUUCUGUACUACCUCGGACGAAUGUCGCCGGAGCAGAAGAGCAAGUCGUUGGCCGACUUCAAGAAUGACGACGGCAAGAAGAUUUUGCUGCAGAUCGCGUCAAUGCAAGGCGGAGGUCAAGGGUUGAACCUGACCAUGGCCAAUCGAGUCAUUCUCGUCGAUCCAUGGUGGAACAGCGCGGCCGAGGAACAAGCGUUUUGUCGAGUGAAGAGAAAGGGGCAGAAGAAGGGGUCGCAUUUCGUCCGAAUCCUCGUCUCGUCGAGCAUCGACACCGACAUGUCGAGUUUGCAGAGGGUCAAGUCCGAGGAGAUUGACAAUAUUUUGCAGGACAAUUUUCAAAAACCCUCGUUCUCGCAGGACGAGGAACUGCAUUGCAUGUUUUCGAAGAGCAGGCUGUGGAAGCAGAAGGCGAAGGAUUCGGGCUGCGGCGAAAGCGAAGCCGCCAACUAA